CUGAAAAAUCGAAAUAUUUGCAGAUCUCUGAGAGAGAGAGAGCGUUGUCCUACAGAGAGAUGGGGGGCAGAGAGGGAGAGAAGAAACUGAUGCAACAAAUCGCAAAAAUUCUGGAUGAAGCCAGGACAUCAAAUGCCACACACCUUCGCAAGCUCAAGGAGCUCUCCGCCGUCCGAUCUAAAUCACCGUCCCCAGCCCACUUCGUCUCCGCUUUUUCCAAAACCCUAACCCCAAUUUUCCUGGUCCAGCGCCGAAUUGCCUCCGCUGAGCGCAUCAUCAGGUUCGUUGCCGCCUUCGCCAGCACCCGUAACAAUGACCCAGACUGCGACUGCUUCUUGGAGGAAUUCCUUAAGUUCCUUCUGGUUGCAGCAUCUUCUGCCAGCAAGACGGCGAGGUUUCGAGCCUGUCAGAUCACAUCUGAGAUCAUAAUGCAGUUGCCAGAUGAUGCCGAGGUGAGCAAUGAGCUGUGGGAUGAAGUCAUAGAAUGCAUGAAGAUUCGGGCACUGGACAAGGUUCCUGGUAUACGUACAUUUGCCGUUAGGGCUCUUUCACGCUUCAUAAAUGAUGCUGAGAACGGUGACAUCCUUGAUUUAUUUCUUGAGGUGCUUCCCCUUGAGCAAAAUGUGGAGGUCCGUAAGACAAUUGUGUUAUCACUGCCUCCUUCAAAUGCAACUUCACAAGUAAUCAUUGAUUGCACAGUGGAUGCAAGUGAGUCAGUCCGGAAGGCCGCAUACCAUGUUCUAGCUAAUAGAUUUCCUCUUCAAAGUCUCAGCAUCAAACUAAGGACAUUAAUUCUUCAAAGAGGAGUUGCUGACCGCUCUGAAGUCGUCUCAAAAGAGUGUUUAAAGUUAAUGAAAGAUGAGUGGUUUGCAAAGUGCUGUGACGAAGAUCCUGUGAAGCUUCUUAAGUAUCUUGAUGUGGAAACAUACGAAUAUGUUGGGGAGUCUGUGAUGGUGACUUUGUUGAAAGCCGGUCUAGUGAAAUUACAUGAUAGUGGAAGUAUAAACCAACAUAUAUUAUCCUCUGACAAAAACGAAGGAGACCCAGCAGGUUGUGCUGAAAACAUACAGCUGAUGGAACCAGAAGUUUCUCUUUUCUGGAGGACUGUAUGCAAGCACUUGCAGACAGAAGCACAGGCCAAAGGCUCUGAUGCUGCUUCUACAAUGGGCGCUGAAGCUGGAAUAUAUGCAGCAGAGGCUUCAGAUAACAAUGACCUUCUUGAAAGGAUACUUCCUGCAACGGUUUCUGAUUUCAUAGUAUUGGCCAAGGCUCAUAUAGAUACUGGACCAAAUUAUCGAUUUGCAUCUCGGCAGUUACUAUUGCUCGGGGCAAUUCUUGAUUUCUCUGAUUCUACAAAUAGAAAAUUGGCUAGUGCAUUUGUGAAGGAUUUAUUGCACCAGCACCUUGAGCACGAAGAGGAUGAUGAAGGGAACAAAAUUGUUAUUGGAGACGGAAUAAAUCUUGGUGGAGACAGAGACUGGGCUGAUGCAGUGUCCAGUUUUGCAAUGAAGGUCCAUGCUGCUAGCGGCGAAUUUGAAGAAAUUGUCCUCGAGGUUAUAGAGGAGCUUGCCCAACCUUGCAGGGAGAGAACUGCAGAUUUCAUGCAGUGGAUGCAUUGCCUUGCUGUGACUAGCCUUCUCUUGGAAAAUGCAAAAUCAUUUCGCUGGCUUCAGUGCAAGGCUAUUGGACCUGAUGAGCUACUGCAGUCCUUGUUACUUCCUGGGGCAAAACAUGUUCACUUGGAUGUGCAGAGAGCUGCUGUAAGGUGUCUUGGCCUUUUUGGGCUGUUAGAGAAGAAGCCCAGUGAGGAACUUGUAAAGCAGUUAAGACUUUCCUAUAUCAAAGGUCCCGCUCCAAUUAGCACUGUAGCUUGUAAGGCAUUACUCGAUCUCAUAAUGUGGCAUGGUCCUCAGGAGGUUGACAGAGCCCUGAGGCAGGAUCUUUCAUCAAAAUUUCGAGAUGAAACUGUUAAUUAUAGAACAGUGAACUUGUCUGAAAUUGAUGGGGAUUUAAAUAUUGAAUUGCUUGAUCUAUUAUAUGCUGGUCUCGACCAAAAUGAUUGUGGCAAAUCUACAGAAAGUGAUGAAAAUGACAGAGUAGAAGCUGUUCUUGGGGAGGGCUUUGCAAAGAUUCUUCUACUUAGUGAGAAGUAUCCGAGCAUACCAGCUUCUUUACAUCCUUUGAUCUUAGCCAAACUAAUAAACCUGUAUUUCAGCAAUGAAACAACUGACCAGCAGAGGUUGAAACAAUGUUUAUCUGUAUUCUUUGAGCACUACCCUUCCCUCUCAGCUAAUCACAAGAAGUGUUUGUCCAAGGCUUACGUUCUAGUCAUGCGUUCAAUGUGGCCCGGCAUCUAUGGAAAUGCUGGAGGUUCUGCGCUAAUUGUGUCUAACAAGCGUAAGCGUGCGGUCCAGGCAUCACGAUUCAUGCUGCAGAUGAUGCAGGCCCCUAUAUAUGUGAAAGAUGCUGAAAUUAGAGAUGAAAGUUGUAGUGGAGACUUCGCUCAGACCAUAGAUGCAUCUGGGCAGCCUUCAUUUGAAUGUGGGGAGGAGGGGCUAGCAAUACAUAUUGCUACUGAGGUGGCAAGGUUCCACGCAAAGAAAACACCGGCUGAGAAGGCGUAUGUUUCAGCACUAUGUAGGAUACUCGUCUUGUUGCAUUUCCGGUCAUCAGAACAAGUGGCCAUAAAAUUGAUGAGGAGGCUAUUGAAUCUUGUUGUUGAAUCCAUAUUGACAGAAAAAGAUCUUGUAAAAGAGUUGAAGCGCAUGGCGGAGCAUCUUCAGUCAUUAAAUGGGCAGCAGGAUGAGGAAUUGUCGCAAGAUCAAGCUAAUAUUGUUUUGGGAAGGUUAGAGCUGGACUUUGACCUGGAUAUUAAUAGCAGGGUUGCAAUGCCUGAAACACCGGCCCCACGCUCGACCAGACCAUCCCAUACCAGAAGAAGAGUGAGGUGUGAAGAGUCUUCUGAUGAAGAACAUUCACCCACGUCUGUUGUUCCUCCUGUAACUAGCACUCUUAGUACCCGCUCUCAAAGGGCCAGCAAAACUGCAGCAAUGACGAAAAUGACUGUCAACAGAGGCAACAGAAUUGACGAAAAUGAUGAAGGGGAAGAAGGCUCAGAGCUGACAUCAGAAGAAGAUUCUGAUGUGUCGGAACAUUAUGGUGAAUGAAUGGGUUUCAGAUCUCUGUAAAUGUUGUGCUUCCUCAGCACUGUCAUAUGUUGUUGUAUGGUUGUUUACCUAGUUCCUUGUUCGAUUCAUUAAAUCUCUUAGAUGUGUUAGUGUUUCCUGGGUUGGGUUUAGCCUGCAAGCUAAAGUAAUGGUGCCAUUUUGGAUGAUAGAGGUUUUGUAAUUGCUACCGGGCAUUAAACCCAAGACGUUCCAUCUGUUUUGAACAUCCUUCUGUAUCAAGAUUCUGGGAUAGGGUGGAUCCCAUUAUGUAAUGGAUUGCGUCUUUGAAAUUCUA